CGUCGCUCAAGCUGCGAGCCUGAGAUGAGCGACCAUGGCUGCAUACACUUGAAUAAUUUCAAAGCAGCGAAGGGCAUCCAGCCAUACAAAGUGAUACACUCCUAUUUCGUGACCAGCACAUCAACCGAGGCACGCGUAAGGAAGGCUGUAAGCUGCUUGUGUCAUACUUGUAAAACUUACAAGGAUCGUCUUCAUUCUUGUCUCCAUUGUAUAUUUUUUGGUUGCUAUGUGAAGGGUCACAUACAGGAGCAUGCAAAAACAAAGAAACAUUUUUUAGCUGUGGAUUUAUGUUAUGGUAAUAUUUUGUGCUUCCAAUGCGGCGAUUAUGUUUAUGAUAGAGAAUUGUUAUCUGUUGCUAAAGCACAAUGGAGUGAAUCAGCAAAAUCAUUGAGUUUUGGAGAAUUUUAUCGUGCUUGGGAACCUACUCAAAUAGAGGCAGAGUUAUUGAGAAAACAUCCAAGGCGAAGGCGUGUUGUAGAAAAUUCUACGAUAGGUCUAAGAGGACUUAUAAAUCUUGGCAGCACAUGUUUCAUGAACUGUAUUGUACAGGCAUUGAUACACACUCCACUAUUACGAGACUACUUCCUGGCUGACCGUCAUCACUGCCCACAACCCACUCGCUGCCUAGUCUGUGAAGUGUCCCACCUUUUUCAGGAAUUUUAUUCCGGUAGUAAAGCACCUCUAACGCUUCAUAAACUACUUCACUUAAUCUGGACACAUGCGAGGCAUCUAGCAGGGUAUGAACAGCAAGAUGCGCACGAAUUUUUUAUCGCUACUUUGGAUGUCUUACAUAGACAUUGCGAAGCUGCACCAAUUUUGGUAAAAGAUAACCCCCAUCACUGUAACUGCAUUAUCGAUCAAAUAUUUACUGGUGGACUUCAGAGUGAUGUUGUUUGUCAGGCAUGCAAUGGAGUUUCGACUACGAUAGAUCCUUUCUGGGACAUAUCUUUGGAUUUAGGUACCGCGGCUGGCGCAUCAGGAUCCGAUAACUCUGGACCUCCUACCUCGUUAUUAGAUUGUUUAGAGAGAUUUACGCGUGCAGAACAUUUAGGCUCUAGUGCAAAAAUUAAAUGCAGUAAUUGUCAAACUUAUCAAGAAAGUACGAAGCAAUUAACAAUGAAGCAACUACCGAUCGUAGCUAGUUUUCAUCUGAAGCGAUUUGAACACUCCAGCAUUCAAGACAAAAAGAUCUCUACAUUCAUUUCAUUUCCGGAACAAUUAGACAUGACUCCUUUCAUGUCACACAGACGUAAUGGUAAUAAUAAUAGCGCUAUGAUCGAAGGCUUGCCGAAAAAUGGAGAAGAUAUGGCGUUCAGUGACAACCGAUACUCAUUGUUUGCUGUAAUAAACCAUGAAGGUUCUCUCGAGACAGGACAUUAUACAGCUUUCAUAAGACAACAAAGGGAUCAAUGGUUCAAAUGCGAUGACCAUUUGAUAACAAGAGCAAAAUUAAAAGAUGUCUUAACUAGCGAAGGGUAUUUGCUUUUUUAUCAUAAACAAAUUUUGGAAUAUGGACGAAAUAGUAAGGUGUAAAUGUUUAAUCGUAUAAUUAAUUUAUUUGUCACGACUAAUGAUGGGCGAUAGACUUAAGUUCUUAAACGUAUUGAAUUUCUUAAGGUAUCAACAGACACGCAUAAAUAUGAAGUUUCGAUAUUGAUUGAUGUUGAGAAUAUUGAGAAUGAAGUUAUCUACAAAAUUCUACAUAUUUAACUGCAGAUAAGGCAUAUAAUGCCAUUGAAAAUUCAAAUAACGUUAUUAUCGAACUAUGCGUUAGUAUCAAAUUAAUAACAAUUGAAAAGCAAACAAAAAAUAACAGUUACAAUUCAACUAUAAAAAUAAAGGAUAUUGCUUUAUUAGUAUAGAUAAAUGUAACAUCAUCUAAACUGUUAAUUGUAAAUUAUCAAAGUAUACAAAAUAAGCGUGUUUAUACGAUUUGUUUAGUGUCGAUAUAUUUUUGCGUUUGAUGAACUAAGCUGAGUGCCUCUGGCGAUCACUUCCCUCGUUUGUGUCCUAAAUAAUAAUGUAAGGAUAGUUUUAAGGUUAGCUCAAUUUUUUUAAAUGACAGAUCACAAUUUUUGUAUGUCGCUGACUGUUGUUAUAUUUCUGACCUGACACGUCUAUACAUAAGACGCCAAGGAUAGAUGACACCGUACUUCGUUAGUUAUCAUAUUAAAAAUUCGAUCUAUUUAAAUUCGUUAACUAAUUAAACUCUCGACUUAAUACAUUUGCGAUUUGACAUUAACGAUUUUUUAUUCGAGGUACGUUGGGUCAGCGGUCCUUGGAUGAAACAAUUUUGUACAAACGUAUUGCGAGGAGGAUAAUAAUUUUAUCCAAUUAAGGCGAAUCUUUUCGCUCGACUGUAUAUAAUAAAAUCACUGUUUAUCAAA